AAUGGAAACGAGUUCGGAAGUGAUUUCGAUUUCGAGUCAUUCAAGUAGCGACACGUGACGUGAUCAGAUCACGCUUGCAUUCAGACGUGGGCCCGUUGCCGAGGUAGCUCGUGCGCGAUCAAUUUGUCGGAUUGGUACGCAGCUUUGUGGAAUUGUAGCGUACCUAAGCUCCGUUUCGGCUAUUCCCGAAGGGAUGUAGGUCUUAAGGGUGUGUAAUCCUGUGAAUAAGAUUGUUUUGAAGGUUGGAAUACUUCCACGUUACAUUGGCUUUUGAAAUGAAAGAGGAAUCGAAGUCUGAAUCGUCAAGAUUGCCGUGGAUCCUUAUUGGUUUGACUGGUGGUGUGGCGGUUGGAAUUACUGCCGUAUCUGCUCCGUUCGUGACACCCGCUUUGAGAAGAUUUUGUCUUCCAUAUCUCCCAGCCACCACAGAUCAGCUUUUCAAUGUUCAGAAGGCCCUGAAUUUAUGUCCGAAGUCGAAACCACUGCUGGAUGUCGGAAGUGGCGACGGGCGAAUUGUUUUUGAAGCCGCAAAGCGAGGUUUUCAAGCUCAUGGGGUUGAGCUGAACGUAUGGCUUGUUUUAUAUUCGCGCUUCGCUGCUCUUGCGAAGGGUCGUCAAAUAUUUGAUAGGACGUCGUUUAGUCGUAACGACUUAUGGAAGAUGAAUAUGCGUGGUUAUGGCACAACGGUGAUUUUCGGAGUUGAGGAAAUGAUGGCACCACUCGGCGAGAAGUUCUCAACUGAGUUGAAUGAUGAUGCGCAUGUUGUCGCGUGCAGGUUUCCAAUUCCUGGUUGGAGUCCUUUCGUAACGAUAGGGGAAGGAAUAGAUACCGUAUGGGUGUACAAGGUAUCGUCGCAGCGGCGAUGA